AUGUGUUAUGGGGACGAGUGGGGGACAGAGGUAUCAUCCAAUACUGCAGCCGCAUGGUACUUUCCAUGGACUGUAUUACACGCUCUCAAUUUAUGCAAACGUGAAAACCCUCCUCAUCCACCCCUGCACUGUGCACCCUCACCCACUGUGUAUGUGUGUGGUGGUGGUGUUGUUGAUGGCAAGAGCACAGCAACAAGGAUAUUAGGGAACAAGGAAUUAGUAAAUCCCUUAGUUUUGGGUUUUCCAAGUUUCUUGGAUUCUGUGGAGGCUGCUAUGCUAACUAACAUGUAUUCGUUGACGGUGAAGCCCUCUUUCUUUUUACCAAAAUUUUCUACUUCUUCUUCGUCGGCUUCUUCUUCUUCUUUACAUUUUUGGCCUGGGUCGUGUUCUUCUUCGGUUACCUUCCGAAUAAAGACGAAAAACAGAGGAAGCAGGUUGAGAAUUCACGCUUACGAGUCUUCAAAGAGCGACAGUCCCAAUGGGUCUGGCGAUUCCAAGCCUCCCAACGGCACUCUGCCAAAGAGCAGGAGAGAAAUUCUUUUGGAAUAUGUAAAAAAUGUGCAGCCAGAAUUCAUGGAGCUCUUUGUAAAAAGGGCACCCCAGCAGGUGGUUGAUGCAAUGCGCCAAACAGUCACAAACAUGAUUGGAACUCUACCCCCACAAUUUUUGCAGUCACAGUCACCACCAACUAGCAGCGUUGCCGAAAAUCUUGCACAACUCAUGUACAGUAUCAUGAUGACUGGAUAUAUGUUUCAGAAUGCACAGUACAGGUUGGAACUCCAGCAAGGUUUAGAGCCAGUUGCUCUUCCUGAUGUGCAAGAUAAAAGGGAUGCACCAGAUUAUGCACCUGGGACACAGAAGAAUGUGUCAGGUGAAGUUAUUAGGUGGAAUAAUGUUUCUGGCCCUGAGAGAAUAGAUGCUAAGAAGUACAUUGAGUUACUUGAAGCAGAGAUUGAGGAACUAAAUCCUCAAGUUGGGAGGAAAUCUGCGAGUGGACAAAAUGAACUGUUGGAGUAUCUCAAGUCUCUUGAGCCCCAAAAUUUAAAGGAGUUGACGAGCAGUGCUGGAGACGAUGUUGUGGUUGCAAUGAAUACAUUCAUCAAGCGGCUUUUGGCUGUUUCAGAUCCUGGCCAAAUGAAGACAAGUGUAACAGAGACAAGUGCACCGGAACUUGCCAAGCUGCUGUAUUGGCUGAUGGUUGUGGGAUACAGCAUUCGCAAUAUUGAAGUUCGUUUUGAUAUGGAACGAGUACUUGGGACUCCUCCAAAGCUCGCAGAAUUGCCUCCAGGAGAAAAUGUUUAA